AUGACGGGCAGCGGACUGCACAGUAUCCUCGAAAAGGUCAUCCCGCACCACCACUCGCGCUCCAACUCGAACGCGUCGAGCAGGGCGACCAGUCCUGCUCCCGGCACAAAGACGCCCCUCUCUGCCGCGACCAGUCGCAAGAGCGUCGACUCGAAGCACAGCGGUUCGCACGAGGUUGUCCUUGGCGAGAACGGCGAGCCGCUCUCGAAGAGCGAGUUGAAGAAGCGUCAGAAGGCCGAGGAGAAAGAGCGUCUCAAGCAGGAGAAGGCGAAGAAGAUUGCCGAGAAGGAGGCGGCGGAGAAGGCGGCCAAGCAGCAGGCGGAGGAGGACUACUCGCCCAACAGCUACGGCAAGCUGCCGCUCAACAACUCGUCCGAGCGAACGGGUGCGAAGCGCGAGAAGUUUGAGAACAUCUCGGCUGCGAGCGAGGGGCAGACGGUUCUCGUUCGCGCUCGUCUGCAGACCUCGCGUGCGCAGGGCGCCAAGAUGGUCUUCGUCGUCCUCCGCCAGCAAGCCCACACGCUCCAAGGCCUCGUCGUCGUCGAGCCCGAACACGUCUCGAAGAAGAUGGUUCGCUGGGUCGAGGGCAUCCACGACGAGUCGAUCGUGCUCGUUGAGGGUGUCGUACAGAAGGCGAAGGAGCCCAUCAAGUCUUGCACGAUUCACGAUGUCGAAUUGAAGAUUCGCAAGAUCUUUGUCGUCUCUGAGGCGCCUGCUAUGCUUCCCUUCACCAUCAACGACGCUCUUCGCCCGAUGGACGCCGAGGAAGGUGUCCAGGUCGCGCUCGACACUCGCCUCGACAACCGAGUUCUCGACCUCCGCACUAUCACGAACCAAGCCAUCUUCCGCAUCCAGUCGGGCGUCGGCAACCUCUUCCGCGAGUACCUCAACACACAGGGCUUCACCGAGAUCCACACGCCCAAGCUCCAAGGCGCCGCGACCGAGUCUGGCGCGUCUGUCUUCCGCGUUUCGUACUUCAAGACUAUCGCCUUCCUCGCGCAGUCGCCGCAACUGCACAAGCAGAUGUGCAUCGCCGCCGACAUGGAGAAGGUCUACGAGAUCGGACCCGUCUUCCGCGCCGAGGACUCGAACACGCACCGUCACUUGACCGAGUUCAUGGGACUCGAUCUCGAGAUGGCGUUCGAGGAGCACUACCACGAGGCGAUGGAGACGAUCGACGGGAUGCUCAAGCACGUCUUUGCUGGUCUCCAGCAGCGCUACGCCGAUGAGAUCGGAGUCGUCCGCAAGCAGUUCCCGCACGACGAGUUCACCUGGCUGCCCGACACGCUCGUCCUCAAGCACACCGAGGCGAUCAAGCUCUUGCAGGACGCUGGCGUCCAGCAGGGCACACCGCCUCAGCCCAUCGGCGACUACGACGACAUGAACACGGCGAGCGAGAAGGCGCUCGGCAAGAUCAUCAAGGAGAAGUACGGAACCGACUACUACAUCAUUGACAAGUUCCCGCUCGAGAUUCGUCCCUUCUACACCAUGCCCGACCCGUCCAACCCCAAACUCUCCAACUCGUACGACUUCUUCAUGAGGGGCGAAGAGAUCCUCUCCGGUGCGCAGCGUGUCCACGACGCCGCGCUGCUCGAAGAGCGCAUCAAGUCGGUCGGCAUCAACCCGGACGACAUGAAGCCUUACGUCGAUGCGUUCAGGCUCGGGUGCCCGCCUCACGCGGGAGGUGGUAUCGGUCUCGAGCGUGUUGUCAUGCUCUUCCUCCAAAUCAACAACAUCCGCCGCGCCUCGCUCUUCCCUCGCGACCCGAAGCGCACCUCGCCUUGA